GGUGGGCCCGGCACACUGCACCCUCCCCCCUGCGGGGACUCCGACGGAAAGGCAGGCUGCUGGGGGCGAGCAGUAGAGCACCUGACAGUCAGGGGAGUGAUGCUUUAGAAAAUAGGUUGAGCCUGGUGAGGGUGCUGGCGUUCGGAGCAGAGGAGACGGUGUGGAAAGGGCUGAGGGUGUGCUCGGGACUGACAGUGCGGGGACUCCAGCGUGGCCGGAAGGCAAGAGGAAAGCAGGGGUGACGGAGGUACACAGGGGCCAAACUGGACAGGCCUUGUGGGCGGCGUGAGUUUGGUCUAGGGGGUAGAGGACAGUUUGGGCCUGAUUGUGGAGGGCCUUAGUCCAUCUGAGGAGUCUAGAUUUGAUCCUGUUUGCUCUAGCUGGCAGUGUUCUAAACAUGGGGACACUAUGACAAGCAGUGUGUUCCAGAAAGAGCCCUUUUUUGAGUGAGGAUGAGGCCCAAUUGAGUCUUUGGAGGUAAAUGCAAAGAGGCAGUGACUGCAGUGACAUGGGGAAGCCUGGUUAUGUGCACUCGUGGCACACUGGCAUUCAGCAGAGCCUGGCACAGAGGGACUUCAGGAAAGGGUUUGGACUGUGCUGUGGUUGGAGCCCAAGCAGGAGGCAGCAGGAUCUGGACCAUACUUAGGUGCUUUCUCCAAGCAUAACCACUGAGUGGCCUCAAACAAGUUCCUUCCUUUCUCCAGCUUCCUUUCCUGGUGUGUAUCAUAGAGCCGGUGGUACCUCCUCUCCCAGAGAUAGGCGACCCUCCAGGUUAUCAGAAGGAACUGCUGUGGCCACUCAUGCCCAUCCCCUGUCCAGAGCCCGUCCGUGGCUUUCCAGUGACUUCUGAACCCGUGUUCCCAGCCCUCGUGACCAGCAGCCCCAGUCUACCUUUGCCGUUUGUCAUACUAUGCUCUUCUUUACCCAUCUCGUAGCCUCCUGCCCUGGACUUGUGCUAUUGCUGUUUUCCUUACCUUACCCUCUGAACUCACUAUGGGACCUUGGAGCCAGUGGACUGAACUCACUUGGCCACCUCCCUAGUAUGCUUCUCUAGAGCAGUGAUUAUCAGCCUCUGCUAGAAUUCGAUUCAGGUCCUAUCUCUUCUAGAUUGUGAGUUCUCUGAGUUCGUAGCUGUCUCGCUCCUGUAGACCCUGCAGUGCCCAGCUCAGGGCCUGGCACAGAGUGGGUAUUGGUUUUUUGUUUUUUAAAGAUUAAUUUAUUUUUAUACAAGAGCUGGGGUAUAGGCCGGAGACGCGGGAGGGUGAGAGGCUUCACCAGAGGCAGAGCAGGGAGCAGAACAGGCAGACGACAGAGAUACACUGCUGAGGGGAGCAGCGGGGGAGACAGGAGAGGUCUGCCUCUCCUGUGGGAUUCUCGCCGGCAGGGACUGAACCCGCACAGCGCAAGGCUGCAGACAGCUUCGGAGCGCAGCGAUCAACCCGCUGCACCACCGGGGAGGCCCCAGACUGGGUAUUGUUAUGUUUGAUGAACAAGGAAUGGUGAUCUCACCACGCAGGGCAGCUGUGAAGAAUCAAGUCAGGAGCAACCCCACCCAUCUGUGUCAAGUUUUAACAGUGCAUUAAGCACUUUAAAAUCCCAUUUCACUGAUUGACCCUUAAAGUUACCUAGAGAGGCAGCUCUUCACCUUUUUUAGAGAAACCAGCUUUCGGAAAGGUUGGGUGGCUUGCCUGAGGCUACAGAGCCAGUAGGGAGCAAAACUUUGGCUCUUUUCCCGGCACCAGUAGACAGAGACUAAAGCUGGUUGCUCACUGUUCUUGCAGAGGCUCAGCAGUGCCUGACUGGGGAGCAUGUGGUAGGGUAGAUGAAGAUGCUCAGGCUUUUACGCCGCUGGCCACUCUGGCUCUCACCUGCGGCCUGGAUUGUGCUAAUGUGGGAAGUGCUUGGGUGCGCGGCGGGCCGUGAGGCAUGCAUGCGUGAUGGUGGACCCUGAGUAUGGUGUGGGCAUGCUUAGGAGAGCACACCUGGGCCUGCAGGGUGAGGCUAUACGAGCAGCAUCACUCAGAGGCAGCAAGAUGACGGCAAAGAAUGGCUACGAAAGGCAGCGACCGCGCCAGAGAAUGCUCAGGGAGAGCAGAGAUGGGGGGGGGGCAGGGCGCUGGGAGGCCUUGCCAGCCCAUGGGCUUGCCCCACAGUUGGUGUAGAAAGAGCAGCAAAGCCUAAAAAAGCCACUGAGGGCUCCGGACUCUCCUUUGCCCGUCUGCUCAAACCGAUGGAGAACCUGCCCUGUGCUUGCUGGCGCUACACGCAUGCUGGGCUUCUGCGUCUCUUCUCCAAGAAGAGAAGUCUGAUGCCCCUUGAGAUGGCCUGAUAUGGAGCCACGCCUCCCGCCUCAAGCCCCCAGAGCUGCCCUGUGGCUGCCGUGUCCUUCAAGUGCAGGAGCUGGUUGAGAUGUCGGGAAUGGAAGCCAAUGUGACCAUCCCAAUCUGGCAAAACAAGCCUCAUGGGGCUGCUCGAAGUGUAGUGAGGAGAAUCGGGACCAACCUACCGCUGAAGCCGUGCCCCCGGGCGUCCUUUGAGACCUUGCCCAACAUCUCUGACCUGUGUCUGAGGGAUGUGCCCCAAGUCCCUACUCUGGCUGACAUCGCCUGGAUUGCUGCAGAUGAAGAGGAGACAUAUGCCCGGGUCAGGAGUGAUACACGGCCCCUGAGGCAAACGUGGAAGCCCAGCCCUCUGAUUGUCAUGCAGCGCAAUGCCUCGGUGCCCAACCUGCGCGGGUCCGAAGAGAGGCUCCUGGCUUUGAAGAAACCAGCCCUGCCAGCCCUGACCCGUACCACAGAGCUUCAGGAUGAGCUGAGCCACCUGAGAAGCCAGAUCGCUAAGAUAGUGGCAGCUGAUGCAGCUUCGGCUUCAUUAACGCCAGAUUUCUUAUCUCCAGGAAGUUCAAAUGUCUCUUCUCCCUUACCUUGUUUUGGAUCCUCAUUCCACUCUACAACUUCCUUUGUCAUUAGUGACAUCACCGAGGAGACCGAGGUAGAGGUCCCUGAUCUUCCAUCAGUCCCCCUGCUUUGUUCUGCCAGCCCUGAAUGUUGCAAACCAGAACACAAAGCUACCUGCAGCUCGUCUGAAGAGGAUGACUGCGUGUCUCUGUCCAAGGCCAGCAGCUUUGCAGAUAUGAUGGGGAUCCUGAAGGACUUUCACCGGAUGAAACAGAGCCAAGAUCUGAAUCGGAGUUUACUGAAGGAGGAAGACCCUGCCAUUCUUAUCUCUGAGGUCCUCAGGAAGAAGUUUGCUUUGAAGGAAGAAGAUAUCAGUAGAAAAGGAAACUGACAACACUCAGCUCUGCAAACUCAAGUCUCAUGCUCCUGGAAUUCCUUCAAUAGCUGCCUUCCUCACCGCAGAUGUUUCUGCCUCUCUAUUAGAAAUCUUCUGCAACAGUCUUGCUGAAAACUAGAGCUUGGACUGAAAAAGAUGAGCUGGAUUAAGUUUCCCACACGUGAGACUUUAACAGAAGCUAAGGCCUGUUUUGAGUUGAGACAUUUGUUACAGAUAAAUGUGUUGGUUGGAAUGUUUCAUUCUAAAGGGUGAGAUAGAAAUUUCUGGUUUUUUCCUUAUCCCUGUGUGAAAAUAGGUCCUAAAUGAAUGACUUACUUCACUGCAUUAUAUCCCGUAACUGGUCUCACCGGACACUUUGUGCUCAGCUAUCACUCUCAGUGGCUUCCUUGCAGCAGGGCUGAGGGGAAGGGGCUAUAACUGUUUUAUGUACUUGUUCAUAGGGCAGGGGAAAUCUUACGCUGCUCCAUCAUAAGUUGACACCAAUACCCAGCAAUCACCCUCUUCCCCAUCGACACCUAGGUGUAGAGGUCAGGCCACUGGACCAGCCGACACUAGGGCUGCUGGGAGGCCUGGCUAUUUUUUUCUUAAAUGUAUUUUGUAAUACUGUACAACCAAAUCUACCCUCCAAGGCCCUGGGGCCUUAUCAGUUCCACUCAUUGAAAAAACUUUCUCUUUCAUGGACUUUAGCUUAAGCCCAGCAGGAAAGAGAAACAGGGAGGGAAAGAGCAUACCAUCCUCCGGCCCUUGACUGCUGCUUUGGUUUUGGGCCAAGGUUUGUACCGACCACACCAUGCAUGACUCAGAUGCCCUCAGGUCCCUUUCUCUACAGUAUGUAUCCUGUGUGUGUGGGUUGAAGCACUACCUGACAUUAAAGAAAGCAUUUGGAGAGA